AUGACUGUUCUUGGACAAACUGAGCGAUUCGUGAUGCGUUGGCAUUACUCAAAGUUUGAGAAAUCCCGUUAUACGACUAUCUGUCGCACUUUGUCCCGGAAUUUCUGCGACUCCAACCAAAAUGACAUGUCGUAUCAGCGACUAAAGAAAAUGCUUGCAACAGACGAGGUUGUAGUUAUUGAUGUACGGGAACCAUGGGAACUUCGGGAGUAUGGCAGCAUUCCAGGCUCAGUGAACGUCCCCCUGGGGCAACUAAAUGUUGCUCUCCAGCUAAACCCAGAGGAGUUCAAAGAAAGAUAUGGUGGAGACAUGCCCUCUCAUACAGAAAGUGUCGUUUUUACCUGUCUUGCGGGAGUAAGAAGCAAAACUGCCGUGGACACAGCUGUCUCCUUAGGAUAUUCCAAUGUUCAUCACUACGCAGGUGGAUGGCAAGACUGGGCAAAACAUGAAAUACUGCAGACCAAAGACUAAAAUCUCUCAGUAAAUGCAAAAAAGCACUCCGCCAUAGGAAUUACCUCAUUUAUCUCAGCCUGCCUCAUAAAUGAUGAUGAUGAUGAUGAUGAUGAUGGAACCAAACAUUGGAGACAGAGAAAUUGUUGGUGGCGUGAGGUGAAUGUUUCACAAUUUGCAGUUCUGUUCUGAGGUGUUUGCAAGAGAUGUGAAUAACCCUAUAAUUCUGAAGUGGAACCAUUAUGGGGUUAUUUCGAGAUGCAUCUUUCAAAGUAUAUGCAAGCAAUAUA